AUGCCACUUUACGAGUUAUUCUGCGUGGCCAUUGCACAAGCAGAAUCUGCCCCGUUACGUGACCUCGUGCAUACCACCUCGCGUCUUGUGCUAGACCAUGGCGGUGUUGUGCGGAAUGUGCAAUAUUGGGGCAAGCGGACCUUGCCGCAGCGCGCCAAGCGUCAUCAACAGCUUCACUACUCCGGUGAUUACUGGCUCAUGCAGUUCGAUACCAAUGCGCCGACGCUCAAGGUGCUGAAUGACCGCUUGCGCCAGGACCCGCGUGUGAUUAAAUGGAACACCCUCAAGCUGGGCGAAAAGCUGCGCGAGAUCGUGCCGCCCACCGCUUCUGGCGGCGCGACACCAGCCCAGUCGACGAUGGGUGGCAAGACUGUUGACUAUCUUGGCUAA